UGUUUCGUACGUCCAGUGAUGCCUCCGCAGCGCACAGUCGGAGCGACACAGGAAGACACUACAGUGCACGGGACCCUGUUGUCCAAGUGGCGUCCCACAUGAUCAAUUCCGACUUGGUGACAAUCGCCAGGCAAAAGAAGCAAAUAUCAGCCCCAUUCAGAGGAUUACUCUCCAGGCGAUUACCGGGCGGCCAGUCCACUGUGUUGACAAGGGUGGAGAAAUGUGCAUGCACGGAGGACGAGGAGUCGGGAAUUAAGCACAGGAGACAAAAGAUGACGAAGACGAGACAAUAAAGAAGAAGUAGUUUUGGGGCCUGUGCAGACUUCCCGCGGCAGCAGUUGGAUGUGCAUGUUGACCCCAUCACGAUGACAAUGAAAGGCCUGUCCAGUAGCCGAAGUCACCAUCACACGGUGACUUGUGACCCCUCUUACGACUCUAUGACCCUGGGGCGCGCGGAUCGUCGGCCCUACUUCCUCAACCCUGGGGAGUCUCAUCCUGCUGACCACCCUUGCUACACCCAGCGCAACUCCUUCCAGUCCGAGUGCAGCGCAUACCCUGACCUGGCCAGCUGCACCUUCCCUCGCAGACAUUACAGCUCCCACCAUGAGCUGAAGGAGGAGUGUGGCGCCUUGGUGCCAUAUACAGGGCCAACGGGAAGCAGUAAGGGAAGUGGAGGAAACAACAACCGCAUCUCCUCUAACCUGCUGGAGCAGUUUGAGUGCCAGGCACCAUUACGGCAUGAGGGCUACCACACGCUGCAGUACAAGCGCACUGCGGUAGAACACCAACGCAGUGACAGCCCUGGUCGGAUCCGCCACCUUGUUCACUCUGUCCAGAAGCUUUUCACCAAGUCACACUCCCUGGAGGGGCCCUCGGGGUCUGGUGGAGGAGGGAGUGGGAGGAUGAAUGGUAGCAAAUCCAGUCCUGAUGACCCUCCCUCGUCCUCUGGCACCCUGAAGCACAGCAAACGCAGUAAGAGCAAAGACCGCUCAAAGUCUGAGCCUAAGAUGCGCACUGCCAUCUCAGGCUACUGGAGCUCGGACGAUACACUCGACCGGGAGAUGUGCCUCUACCACCAUCACCAUGGGGGAAGCAGUGGAGGUCUGCCCUCAGGGGUCAUGACUAUGGGGCGCCACCCAGACAAAUCUCAGUCGCAGUACUUCAUGGAGUCCUAUAACACCAUCAGUGCGCACUCUCUCAAGACAUCACGCAGCAACAAUGAUGUGAAAUGCUCGACCUGCUCUGGGGGCGGCAGCGGAGGGCUGCCGCUGGUGAGCGCACUGGAUGGCCAAGUGCAGCUGAAGAAGAGCUUGUGGUCUUCUACUCUGACGGUGAGCAGAGCAAGAGAGGUCUACCAGAAAGCCUCAGUCAACCUAGAUAAAGCUCUAGUGAAAGCCGAGCAGGGACGCACCUGCCACUUCCUACAGGUGCCUCAGGAUGACUGGAGCGGUUUCUCUCCACUGGGGAAGGACGAUGAGAUUCCGUGCCGGCGGAUGCGCAGCGGCAGCUACAUCAAAGCCAUGGCAGAAGAAGACAGCGGCGACUCGGACUGUAGCCCCAAACCCUCGCCCAAAGUCCAGGCACGGCGAGCAAGCUACCUGAAGGCCACUCAGCCGUCGAUCACAGAGAUGACCACGCUCAAGAUUUCCACAGAGCACUCACCCAAGCUGCAGAUCCGGAGUCACAGCUAUCUGCGGGCGGUGAGUGAGGUUUCCAUCAAUAGGAGUCUGGACAGCUUGGACCCAGCAGGGCUGCUGGCCUCGCCUAAAUUUCGCUCACGAAACGAGAGCUACAUGAGAGCCAUGAGCACCAUCAGCCAGGUGAGCGAGGUGGAGGUGAACGGGCAGAUCGAGGCGGUGUGUGAGUCGGUGUUCAGUGAGAUGGAGUCGCAGGCGGUGGACGCCCUGGACCUGCCCAUACCCGGCUGCUUCCGCAUGCGGAGCCACAGCUACGUGCGUGCCAUAGAGAAGGGCUGCUCGCAGGAAGAGGAGGAGGGAGGCGUCACAGCGGGCAACAGGAGGACCAACUCACCCCCACGCACCACCACCACAGUCAGAACCAUCCAGAGCAGCACAGUGUCAUCAUGCAUCACCACCUACAAGAAGACACCUCCCCCAGUCCCACCACGCACCACCCCGUCCAAACCCUUCAUAUCCAUCACAGCCCAAAGCAGCACAGAGUCUGCCCAGGAUGCUUAUAUGGACUGGGGCAACGGGCCGCGCACGGGCAUCAGCUCCCAGCCGGGCCUGUCCAAUUCCACGGAGAGCAUCGACAGCAUGAAGGCCCUGACAGCCGCCAUAGAGGCAGCUAACGCUCAGGUGCACGGCCCUGCCAGCCAGCAUGUCACCAACAGCACCAUCACCAUCACUGCCACCGCCACCACCUCCGCCAUAGCGCACGUCUCAGCAGACAGCAAGGCUCAGAGGGAAGCGCUCCGCAAGUGCCUCUCCAUAGGGAUCCAGGUGGAUCCAGAGGAAGGGGGGCCCACGGAGGAGCAGUCUAAAUUCCAGUCAAUAGGAAUUCAGGUGGAGGAUGAGCGACGUUACCCCAGGAUGACCCGCUCCAACAGCGUUACCACGGCAGUGCAGGCUGACCUCGACGACCCCACAGAAGCCCCGGAGCUGCCACCACGUCACUGUGCCACCAUGCCGCGCCAGUACUCCCGAGAUGCUGCCACCUCUACAGUCAGCAUCCAAGGCUCUGGGAACCACUACCAUGCCUGUGCUGCAGAUGACUUUGGGGAGGUGGGGUUCGACGCAUCUAUACUGCCCCCUCCGGAUCCCUGGAUGGACAGUGUGACCGAGCCAGAGUCUCUGGAUGCUGUCGGCCGAUCGGUGUGCCCCCGUGACGGCCGCUGGUUCCUCAAGUUGCUGCAGGCCGAGACGGAGCGUAUGGAGGGCUGGUGUAGACAGAUGGAGCAGGAUGAGAUGGAGAACGAGCUGUCUGAUGAGAUCCUGGGGAAGAUCCGCAGUGCAGUGGGGAGUGCCCAGCUGCUGAUGUCCCAGAAGUUCCAGCAGUUCCGGGAGCUGUGUGAGGAGAAUCUGAACCCAAGCGCACACCCUCGGCCCAUCUCCCAGGACCUGGCCGGUUUCUGGGACAUGCUCCAGCUGUCCAUCGAGAACAUUAGCCUGAAGUUUGAUGAACUCCACCAACUCAAAGCCAACAACUGGAAACCUCUGACCCCACCAGAAAUUCAGGAGAGAAGGAUGCCCCCUCCCGUGCCAAAGAAGCCCAAGAAGGGCCACCCUCCCCUGGCAAGGGACCGCUCGCUGGAGAGCAAUGAGCGCCAGCGUCUGGAGGCUCGCAAACGCCUGCUAGCUGCCAAACGUGCUGCAUCGGUUCGGCAGAGCUCUGCUACCGAAAGCGCAGACAGUAUCGAGAUCUAUAUCCCAGAGGCUCAGACCAGACUAUGAGACAAGCAAACAUAUGUGCCCACACACAUACCCAAUACACUGUCCCAUACACACAGUAGCACUGAAUGGUAAGGCCAGGGUGCUAACGUUACAUAAUCAUAUUUGUUUUGCGGACUUCCCAGAUCAUUGUGGGGUCAGUCAAGCAGGAUGGAAGCUUGUUUGAACAACAAAUGUACAAUAUUUAUUUAUUUAUUUAUUUAUCUGCUCCCCUUCCUCAUUUCCGUUUCCCGAGCUUUGAUGUAGCACUGCCUUUUCCCUCCGUACCUCCCUUGGCCAAUCACUCCCAAAGAAAUCUCUUAUGAAUCCCUUUUUUUUUUUUUAAAGUGAGCUGAUGUUACAAAAGUAAGCCAGGUGUAGCACAACAUUAACGCUUCACGUUAAUUCAGGAGCCGAGAAUCACAGACAAAACUGGAAGGGAGCGUAUGCGUCUGCAGUGUGUGUUUGGAUACACGCGCCAACACACACAAACCUAUGGGUGACUUAUGUGAGAUGAUGUGCUCACAUCAAAUACAUCAAAUCAACAGGAAAGACCAGACCUAUUAACUCAAGUUUAAACUUAUUUCUUAAGUCGAUUUUAUUUUCUAUAGUUUUUAACAAAUUCCCAUGAUCUGGUUCUGAAACUACCAUAAGCUUAAAUGUUUUUGUUGUAUAACGAGGUUUAUCAUCACAGCAUAACAGAGCAGUAAAAAGAGUGCGGAAGGAAAUUAUAUUAUUAUAUAUUGUCAACUAGUGACACAGUUUGUCAUCCGUCAAGAGUCAAGUCAGGUUUUGCUCCUCAAAGUGGCGUUAUAGCCAGGGGAGGACAGGCCAGUGAAGAAUUACUGCCACAAACCUAAUCUGUGUUUGUGAGACAGAGAGAAAGAGUCUGUGUGUAUCUGUUUUGAUUCAGAUGUUCAUUUCAGAAGUGCUUCCUACUUUUCCUGGGGCUGAACGGCCUUUCUAGUAACUGACUCGGUAGCAGUAUCAACAACCUGUGACCAGACCAAUCCGUCCCAUCUCAUUUUUAACUGAGCAAAACAUGUUUGUAUAAAGGACAUACAGUAUGACGACAUGACUUGCAUGCUGACACAAGGUAACUGGUAUUUUUGUCUCCUUUUUUUUUAACAGGUUUUCUCAUGUUGCAUUCAAGCUCCUCUGUGUUACAGACUAAGCUAAAAACACUGAUAUUUGGUACAAUACUGGUAGUUGUACUGUAUUUUAUUGUCAUUUUUAGACAAGAGAAGUUUAUUGACAGUAUUGAGACUAAAAGACUGAAAAUGAAGUAUUUCCUCCUCACUGUGUGCACUAUCUCUGCCUCCAAAUGAAGCAAUUAUUUCAAGGUCAUACAAAAGAAAAUCAAAUUUCUAAUAUUUUGUAUUCAUGUUUAAUUUGUUGAUUAGAAGAACAAUGACUGUUUAUUGACAUUGUGAUGAUUAUUAUUAUGCACUGACAACAAGGCCCUUAUACUGUGUUUAUGUUUUAUGUAUGUUGGUUCUUUAGCAUGACAGGCACCCUUUUUUUUUGUCUUUUCUGUUCCAGUGAUCAGCCUUAAUUUCUAAUAUGAUAGUUGAGCACAACAGCAGUCUCAGGGGAAGAAGUGCAUGUGUGUGUGUGUGUAUGUGUGAGACUGAAGAAAUGAGAGAGUGUGACUGACUUCAUGUGACUGUAUGUGACCCAUGGUUUUUUUCUCAUACUGUAUAUUACCCCAGUCCUCAAGAUAGGCCAUGUUCUUAUAUAAUUGAAAUAGUGUCCGUCUUUUGAAUGAUGUUCCUGUUGAAUAUCUCAGCCCUACUUAAUUCAGCGUAACACGGUUUUCUUUCAGCUGCUUGAAAACAAUCCUGAGCUGGUUUGCCAUCACAUAAUUGUUCUGCUAACAGACGAGCAGGACCUUGGUGUGUUAGUUCACUUGUCUGUAAUGAUCUGACAGAGUUUUGUGCCAUUGGAUAACUAUAGGUAAGGAGAUAUUCCUGCUAUUUCUCCCUAUUGGACGCAACCUCAAGAUUUCAUUGUUUGUGAGGGAACUCAAGUGAUGAAGUAACCGUACAGUGCAAUUUGUAUUUCCUUUAGUUGGUCGCUAUAAAUUUUAGAGAGGGUGCAUAAAACCAUUUUAUGCAGAUGAAGCUCAUUUCAGUUUGUUUUUUUUAACUCGUAUUUGAAUUAAACUGUCAAAAGAUUGAUUUCUUAUUUAUGUUUAUUAUAUUAACAUAUCAAUAUAAUACUCCUGGUAUAGCAGGGAGUUAGAAACCAGAGUGUCGGAUUGUGGUCAAUUGCUAAACUCUGAAGACACUCUAGCAAUCCUGGCUAUUCUGAAGCUUGUGAUGUAGUUAUAAUAUAAGAGAAAACAUUUAAAUAAACAUUUGUACAUAAAUGAAUGUUUCCCUAUGUAAAUGUAAGCUAAAAAAAACAACCAAUCAAAUAACUUAUUAAGCAGAUAUACAUUUUGUAAUUAAUGUUAUUACACUGUUGAUGUUAUGGCACGUGUAUGGGCUCUUAUCAGCAUUAAAAAUAUAUAUAUAUAUCAUUGCCAUAAUUUUG